GCUGUGAGGGAGGAGAUAGCUCUGAAGGGGUUGGUGUGUCAGGUUUCCAUGCAGAGCACGUGUGGAUAAUGCGAGCUGCAACACUGCUGCCUGUUCCAGCCACUGCACAAGCCGGGAGCAUGGGGCAGGUGGCUUGGAAGAGUUUAUUUCUAUCCCUUUUUGAUUAUAAAACAGAGAAAUACGUCAUUGCGAAGAGCAAGAAGGUGGGGAUUCUCUAUCGAGUGGUGCAGCUCUCCAUCCUGGCUUACCUGGUGGGGUGGGUGUUCAUUGUCAAGAAGGGCUACCAGGACACAGACACGUCCCUCCAGAGCUCUGUCAUCACCAAGCUGAAGGGGGUUGCCUUCACCAACACCUCGGAGCUGGGGGAGAGGCUGUGGGAUGUGGCAGACUAUGUCAUCCCUCCACAGGGUGAAAAUGUCUUCUUUGUCAUGACGAAUCUGAUUGUGACCCCAAACCAGAGGCAAGCCACGUGUCCUGAGGUAGGAAGAACUGAGCCCCUUGGCCCCCAGACCCCUACAAAACCGGGGAGUGACAGAAUUCCCGAUGCCCUGUGCUACAAGGAUGGGGACUGCAUGGCAGGGGAGGCAGUGGUGGCUGGCAAUGGGGUUAAGACUGGCCGUUGUUUGAAAGACAGGGACAGCAUCAGAGGAACUUGUGAGAUAUUGGCCUGGUGCCCAGUGGAGAAAAGAUCCAAGCCCAAGAAACCACUUCUCGCCAGUGCAGAAAACUUCACUGUUUACAUCAAAAACUCAGUCCGCUUCCCCAAGUUUAAGUUCUCCAAGAUGAAUGUGUUGGCAACCAACAAUGAGUCCUACCUGAAGAGCUGCCGCUACAGCACGGAGCAUCCUUACUGCCCCAUCUUCCUCCUGGGGAACAUCGUUCAGUGGGCUGGGAGCAACUUUCAGGAAAUGGCCUCAGAGGGUGGUGUGAUAGGAAUUCAGAUUGAAUGGAACUGUGAUCUUGAUAAAGCCCCUUCUGAAUGUAAUCCUCACUAUUCUUUUAGCCGUCUGGAUAACAAGUUUGCAGAAAAGCCCAUCUCUUCUGGGUAUAACUUCAGGUUUGCCAAAUAUUACCGGGAUGCUGAGGGGGUCGACUACCGGACGCUCAUUAAAGCAUAUGGAAUCCGCUUUGAUGUGAUGGUGAAUGGCAAGGCAGGCAAAUUUAACAUCAUUCCCACUAUUAUCAAUAUUGGUUCGGGGCUUGCUCUCAUGGGAGCGGGAGCUUUCUUUUGUGACCUAGUGCUGCUGUAUCUGAUUAAAAAGAGUAACUUCUAUCGAGGCAAAAAGUACGAGGAAGUAAAGUCCACUUCCAGGAAAUCCUUAUCUAGUCCUACGCUAAAUGGGAAUCAGAGCCCUGACCAGGUUGGUGGGCUCUAGACACAGCAAUGAGUCUGCUGGCUGGGCUCGUAUGCCAGGAAAACCCUACAGGUGUUGAAUCACACCAGCUCUGGGAGGUGGAGAUGCCCCACAUCAGGUCUACUGUCUUAUUACUGGGAUUCCCAGAGGAAAAAAGUCCUUUAAAGACUGCCCUUCUUUCCCUGAGAUGUUCUCUGGUAUCCUGAGCUUGCACGAGUGCGCCAUUUCUAUGGAUUUAUAAAAGGAUUUUAUAAAAGGUAAAAGAAGGCACCAAGUGAACAUUUUCAUAUCUACUGGUAGAUAUAUCUGUACCUGCAACAGUCAGUAUUAUCCCGAGGCUGUGCUUUGCUUCCAUGUGCUGGGAUGUGAAACACCACUGGCCCUCCGAGGGCUGAAGCUGAUACAACACAUCCCCU